AUGCCGGGGGUAGAGUUGUUCCAGGAAGAGCGCAACUUAGCUAGUGUGCUCGCAUUUCUUUCCAGUAUAAGUAAUAAUCCAAAUCAUGUCUCUGCCGUUUCAAUUCUGGAAGAUGUAACAACGGGAUCUUUGAAUCUUUUGAUUGCGAUAAAUAAAGCCAAGUUCGAUGACGGCAAUCAUAUUCUGCAGCAGUUGAAAGAUCGCUUUGAGGAUAUUUUCGCGCAGCUCUCACAAGCGCCAUACUCUAUCGACUCGAACGUCGAAGAUGCGGUAUUUGCUGCAAUUAUCUCGAUGUGCUUUAAGCGAAUUCUUUGCCGUCUACGGUUCACGAAUAGCUAUAUAAAAGCAAGUAGGCAGCCGAUUACUCUGCUGCUUCAAAAGGCUAUGGCGUUGCGUUCUGUUAAGCCUUUUUUCAAUUUUAUGGAGAGAUCAAGAGACGUUAUCAAAUUCGUCGAAUCCUGGAGGAAGCAGGAGACGCCUGAUGAACUUGGUUCUUUAGUCCGAAGCAUCCAGCAUCUAUCGAAAAUAAGUGGCUUUCAAGACGUCAUUGAAUCGAUAUCGAACCAUGAGAUGGAUCCAAGCUCGAAGAAGUCUUUGUUGAAUGGCGUCAGAAAGGUUGCUAGAUACUUUGAAGCCGCCCGGUUUCUUUGUAACCUAUCGAAAAAGCAUCCUUCGAUCCAAAGACUGCGUUUCAUACUCGUCAAGCCACCUUCGAAUGCCUUUGGAGAGACAUCUACAGCGCUAUGUACUUCAACUCUUUCAUCGAUGAUUGCGAGGAUUGCCUCACUUCAUGGUCUGCAGUGGAAUGCCGACCGAAUCUGCCAUAUACUUGGCACCAAUGAGAUAGAAGCUGGCAGCAGGUUUAUCAACCAAACGAACACAAUUUUAUUAGAAGCGAAGAUUCAUGCUGCGAUUCAACUCAUCUUACAUUGCGAAACGAACAAAUUCACUCCCCAGCCUCGAGUGAUCUGUGCGAGUAAAGACGCUUGCUUUCUUUGUAAUGCAUUUAUCCUCACGCACUGA